AUGACCAACGCAACGACAGUGACGCUCCAGUCGGGCUCAACGAUGCCCCUCACAGGCCUGGGCUUGUGGAAGGUACCCCGCGACGUGGCUGCCGACCAGGUGUAUUCUGCCAUCGCGGCGGGCUACCGCCUCCUGGACGGGGCGGCCGACUACGCCAACGAGCGCGAGUGUGGGGCUGGCGUCGCGCGUGCUAUCGGACAAGGCCUCGUGACUAGGGAAGAGCUGUUCAUCGUCUCCAAGCUGUGGAAUACCAACCACGCCGCUAAACAUGUCGAGCCGGCGUGUCGCAAGUCGCUGGCCGAUUGGGGAUUGGACUACUUUGACCUGUACCUCAUCCACAUGCCUAUCCCUCUUGCAUAUGUCGACCCAGCGGUGCGCGAGCACCCCGGUUGGACGAAUGACAAAGGCGAGACGCAGACGGAGCGCUCGCCAAUCCACGCGACGUGGGGUGCAAUGGAAACUUGCCAUGCCAAGGGACUCGCGCGUAAUAUCGGCGUGUCCAACUUUUGCUCGGCCCUCAUUGUCGACCUCAUGUGCUAUGCCAAUGUUCAUCCCCAGGUCCUCCAAAUCGAGAUGCACCCGUACUUUGUGCAGCAGGGUAUGAUUGAUGUGUGCAAAGCCUACGGGAUCCACCUCAUGGCGUAUAGCAGCUUCGGGCCAGCGUCGUGGGUCGAGCUCGACCACCCGGCCACCAAGACCCUCCCCUCCCUCCUCACCCUCGAGGCCAUUACGGCUAUGGCCAAGACUCACAACGCCACGCCUGCGCAGGUGCUGCUCCGCUGGGCAACACAGCGCGGCAUCACUGUCAUUCCCAAGAGCUCCAACCCAGCCCGCCUGAAGGAGAACCUGGCCAACACAGACCUCACCCUCUCCGACGACGAGAUGAGCACGAUCACGGGGCUUGACAAGAACUUCCGUAUCGCGGCCGGCGGCGACCCGCGUAUCAAUAUUUGGGCUUAG